UAGUGCAUCAAUGAAUGCUCUGAACACAUGGGUACUUCUGCACUCCAGUUGAAGACCAAAGGGGAGCAGGUCAGUCUUUAUCUGAGUAAUUACCCAAGGCUUUGGUGACACGCUGGCCUAAAUAGACAUUAUCAAACCAUGAAGGACAUAGUGCAGCAGUUUGUGUUCAAUCAUUCUGAAUUUUGCAUGCACUAUUUCUUAGCUAUUUCACAGAAUGAAUGAGUGGUCUGUCAAUAACAACAAGUGUUUCACCAUCACUGCAGACCAUCAUUUCUGACGAAGGCUGUUGUGCCAUUUCAUAUGAUGAUGAAAUAUGCCUUGAAGGAGGUGUAAGACUGGACUUUACACAAAUCAUAGGCCAAUAAUUGAAUAAAACUCGGCCUAUAUGAUUUGGACAACGCAAAGAGUCGUGCCUUCUCAAGGGACAAAGGAGCAUUAGCAACCUCUUAAAAGAUAUAGGAUUCAGUCAUGGCGAGAAGGGUGGAAAUGUUGGACACAGAGCUACAGGCUGACAAUUACAGGGAUGAUGCCUUGGUAAUGCUGAAGAGGAUAAGACCAAAAUGGAACAGUGAAACUAUAACUUUUAAGCGCAUGGCUCUUGGCUUUGUAAACACCGUCCUUCACGUCCGUGAUCAGAAGGAUGAAAGUGAUGCCGGAAUAAUCCAACGCAUUUUUGGGGAAGCGUAUACAACAUCAGCCUUACAGAAUACCAAAUUUCCUGAACUUGAAAAAAAAUGUGUUCUUAUGUUAGCGGAGCUUGGCUUGGGUCCUACAGUCCAGUGUGUGUUUAAGAAUGGGUACUUUUCUAGCUUUUUGGAGGGAAAGAAUUUUGAGUUUAAUGGAAGUGAGCACCUCGAAGACUACGUUAUUGAUGCAAUCGCAACGGAGAUCGUAAAAUGGCACAGCCCAUCAACCGCUGCCGCAGCAAAGGAAAUUGGUUUCGACCACACCAAACCGUACACGCUUGUUGUGCUGAGGUCAUUGCUCGAGACCUGGCCAAAUGAAGCAUCAUAUAAGACUGAGUCCUCGCGCAAAACAUUCCGAGAAGAGAUUCCUUCACAGAGUGUCAUGUUGGAAGAAGUGCAGCGUAUCGAAGAUAUGUUGGCGGAAUUUGAUACCCCACUUGUUUUCUGUCACAAUGACUUGAAUAUGUCAAACAUGAUUUACUUUGGAGAUUCAGGUAGAAUGAUAUUUUUGGAUUUUGAAAAUGCAGGUUUCAACUAUCCAGCCUUUGAUAUCAUAAGCCACAUAGUCUCGUCGCAUACGGGCACAUGUGUGGACCCCACUCCAAGAAUGCCAACAGACGACUACAUUCUUAAAUGGAUACAAAAAUAUCUUGAGAAGCGAAAAGCUAGAGGAGACAUCAGGGAUUUCAAACAGAAGGAUGUUAGAACAAUUUUCAUUCAGGCAAAGAAAACUGCUCCAGUGACCCAGUUCUGUCUAGCUCUGUGCAUCAUCCACAUUGCCACACUCUCAAUCAAGGACGACAAUGCACACAUUGAUUUUUUAGGAAUUGCUGCAGCGAGACUGAAAUACUACUUCAAUAAUCGAGAUGAAGCCUGGUCAUUGCAGAUUUAAUGGAUGAGGCGAUGACCAAAAAAAUGACGAUGACAUCAAUUCAACAAUCCAGAAGUGUAUUGC